CGGGAUCAGCUUGUUUGGCUCCACCACAUCCAUCAUACCAUAGAUAUCAGAUGAGUUUACAGGCUGCAGGCGCUAUGGAGAGUUACAUAUAAACAUAAAAAGACUACUCUGCAAUAUCUGUCGCUCCUUCCACAGAUAUUUCUUACAGAAUGGCGAAACCAGCUGAGAAAGCCUAUUACCGUUUUAUGGUAUUGUUCUUCAACUGCCUGUUGACGUUCGGCUCCUACUUCUGUUUCGACAUCCCAAGUGUGUUGCAAGAUCAGUUCCAGGGGAAUCUGAUCUGUCCAAACGCGACUGUAACUAAUGGGACCUCACAAAACACUACAGAUGUGUGUGUGGAGGGAUUGGGAAUGACCCCUCAGGAGUACAACCUGCUCUACGCCAUCUAUGCCUGGACAAACGCAGUGGUGGUGAUUAUGGCUGGCUUCCUCAUUGACAAGCUGGGAAAUCGCUUCGGAGUGUUCCUCUUCUCCUUCCUGACCGUGCUGGGGUCCGCCAUCUUUGCUUUGGGUUCCCAUUUUAAGGGCACCUCGGCUCUGCUGCCUCUCAUGCUCACGGGCCGCCUGCUCUUCGGCUCCGGCAACGGCUCCCUCACCAUUGUGCAGAACCGUAUCACGGCGUUCUGGUUCCGUGGAAAGGAGCUUGCAUUAGCGUUUGGUCUGACCUUGGCGUUCUCCAGGCUGGGUUCGGUUCUUAACUUCUUUCUGACGCAGCGCUUCGAGGCUGACUUUGGCAUGCAGUGGACCCUCUGGGGAGGCACUCUGCUGUGUGUGCUGGGUUUCCUGGCGGCCAUCACGGUGAGUGCUCUAGAUAAGGUGGGCAUGAGACAGCUGGGUCUGGAUGGAGCCAUACAGGAGGAGUCCCGCAAAGUGAGGAUACAAGAUGUGAGAUUGCUGUCUCUGCGCUACUGGCUGCUGGUGCUUACCAUCAUGUUCUUUUACAACGGUAUCUUUCCGUUCAUCGCUGAUGCCAGUAAGUUCAUCCAGGACAAAUACAGCGGCUAUGACCAGAAGAGCGCAGCCUACAUCGCCGGAGCCGUGUAUGACAGCUCUCUGGUGCUCUCUGCCACUGUAGGCAUACUCAUUGACUACAUCGGGCUGAGGGGUGUGUUUGCUGUCUUGUGUGCGGUCCUCACGCUGCCCGUGUUUGGCCUGCUGGCCUUCACCUUUGUCCCUCCUCUCAUCUGCACUAUUUGGCUGGGAGUCACAUACUCGUUUGCUGCGGCUAGUAUGUGGCCCUCUAUCCCUCUUGUGGUCCCUCAGGCAACUCUUGGGACGGCUAUGGGCCUGGCUACAUCAGUGCAAAUGGUUGGCAUUGGAAUUUCCAACCUAGUGGUUGGACAGAUUCUGGGCACCAAAUCGAGUGAUGCAAAGAUCCCACUGUGGCGAUGGCAGAGGAUGAUGAUCUUCAUGUUAGCCAACACCAUCAGCUGUAUUGCCACGGCAACGGCCCUCAAUUUCGUGGACCAUCGACAGGGGGGGACACUGAACAAGACGACCAAGAGGUCGGCAGCAGCGCCUCCUGCGGCGGCAGGGGACCGAGAGCCUCUGGUGGGAGAGGAGAGGGAGGGAGCUGGAGACGGAGAGAGACAGGAGGACGACUGAGGUCAUCUGCAGCCAUUAAACACAUCUAGAGCGUUCACCUUCUCCUAUGACCUGGGAUGUAAACAUUCAGUCUUUUUCUUACAAAUCUUCAGAUGUUUUUGAUGCAUCUUAUGUCUUGUUUGCUUGGUCUGUCUUCUUUUUCCAGUCCUCUCCAUUUGUUCACUAUCUUCAUCAUUUACUUUUCAUCUUUUUCUAAAGAGAAGCAAAGGGAGCUGUGUUUCGUGUCAUAUUCUGGGACACUCACUACACUAACAGUAAUUGCUGAAUGAAGGGACUAUGUUUUAGUUGCCUCUCAGUAUCAGAGUCGGGAGUUACUUGUGGUCAGUGACAUAAGUGCAAAACAUUACAGUAUGAACUAUUGCUUAGCAGCAUAGGUCAGGUGUGUGUGUGUGUGUGUGUGUGUGUGUGUGUGAGAAAUGAUCGGAAAUCAGAAAUGUGCCAUUUCAUUUUUUAUUAAAUCAUUGCCAUUAUGGUAGCAUGAGGGACAAGAUUUUUUUACUGCAUGUAAAAAAAUAUAACAAUAAAAUUGUUUUU